AUGCCACCUCGUAGAACGCUCGACGCAUUCCUCGACCAGGGCGAACAGAGAGGCGGUCAGGACGAGCAAGGCAUCAUCAACGACGACGAAGUCCGGAAGGCGCUCCAGCCUGGGACCGAAAGGAACUACGACCGUUCAGUCGCUCUCUGGGACACCUAUGCGAGGCGCAUGCCUGGCGCCAACCUGGACAACUUCGAGACGCCCAAAGACUUUAUGCGCAAGAUUGCCCAUGCCAUCGACGGCAGAUACGGCGACCCCAAGGCUUGUCUGACAACGGUGGUUCAGUACUGGAAGAACCUCACCGCAGGCUGGCGACGAACCGACCGUCCUAAGAUCAGGGACGAUGUGGUUCUAUCCACUUCGAACUUUAUCAAGGGCCCGCUCCAGAAGGAAAUGAACCUCGCUCGACAGAAGCGGGCGAGACGCUACGGUACCAUGCUUCACUUCGUAUAUCUCGGCACGCAGCUGUGGAAGUACGACUGGCAUCUGUACGACAACCCGCGAGACCGUUUGGAGCUGUGGGACGGCAUUAUGCUCAACGUCUUCACCUCGGCUCGAGUGGGCGAGUACAUCGAGUCGACUGCUCGUGAAGGCAGUGGCCGAGGCUUGCAUUACAAGGCGAGUCUACUUCGAUGUCGACGUCAGCCCGAGACUCACGCCCCAGACUGUGAUCAGGACGUAGAGUUUGUCGUCUUUCGAAACGAACACGGCAAUCCCGAGUUUGCGAUGGAGGUCAAGAAGGACGGCAAAGGGAUGACGGCUACUCCCUGGAGAAAUCCCGAACACGCGUUGCACGAGGGAUCGGGACUACACCCUCUCCUCUGUAACCCUAUGCUCACCAGAAUAGCCAUUCUCCUGGCGAAGGGCGCAUUCAGAGACUUCAAGACGGUGGACGAGCUUCUCAACGUUGAGCCGCCCAAGGAGGGCAUUGUCCGCAUCGAAUGGCACCCGGAUUUUCGCGACCAGCCAGUCUACGAGCGAGACGACGGUCAUAUCUGGUCAGCCAGGACAUACUGCUCGCGUCUCAGUGCGGCAGGCAUCCGAGCUGGGUUCCCGUCCCUCCAGAACCACGACUUCCGAGCCGAGGUCAUCCGUGCCAUUGACAAGAAGUAUAGCUCCUCUCAGCGUCGUAGGCAUGCUGGCCACGGGAGUGACGACGUCUAUGACAAGUACUAUGCUCCAACGAAUCCGGGAACCGACGGCCAAGGCGCAUAUGCUGGCGACCCUCUUCGUACUCUUCUCCCCAAGCUUCUCCGUUUCCUGAAGAUGAACCACAACCCUACGCUCGCGCAGACCCUCCCGGCGAGGGAGCUGCACGAGCUGAUCACCAGCGACGAAUAUUCCGCCAUCGCAAACGAGCUGGAGGGUCUUGCCGACUGCGACGACGAGUCCUCCAAGAAGAGACGAGCCGAUCUCUUGGCCAGUCUGAGGAAGCUCAAGCUCAGCGCUCUCCAAAGGUACCGCGACCAGCAGGCUAGUAACCCUUUCCGGACCACAAACACCGACGACGUACGCCACUACCGCACCCCGUUCUCUCGCAUCCGCCAUUUGAUGCCCAUUCGCGAUCGCCUUUCCGAGUCGAUGUUUACCGUUGCUCCAAUCCGUAGCGAAGUUGGGAGGGCCGUCCUGGAGGACCUCAUCGCACUGUAUCAGUCCAAGGUCGAGGUCCAGCACCGACCUGGCUUGGAGCCUGAGAAGUGCCAUUGCCCGACCCACCCUGACGAGAACAAGUACGUGUUGACCCAUUCUCCUAUUUUCCAAAGACGAUUCGCUGACUUGUGGAAAUGCGAGUAG